GCCUCUAAGAAAGAGCCAUUCUAUGUUAGGGAAGUGAAAACAACCACCCUUUGCUUUGUAAUAUUAUUAUUUGUAUUGUCUUGUAAUUUAAUAUUAUUACCUACUCUUCUCUCUUUAUAUUUCUUGCACCAUUUCCAGCUGGUACACCACCACCUACACAUUCACUCUGUUAGUACAAAUAAAUCUCUCUUUAUAUAGCCUCACCACCACUUUCUUCCCAUCCUCCAUUGCAAUUUGCAUUUGGGAAUUUUGGCAUUCCCCACCACCUCUUCCAUUUCUCUCUCUAUUCCUCUUGGUCUGGUCAGGAAUUUGGGGAGUGAUCCACAAAUUGCUACCUAAACUCUCUGAAAACCAUGGAGCUCUCUGUGAUUUUCAUGUUUAGUGGUACACUAUUGUUUUUGGCCACUUCACCAACAAAUGCUCAAGCUGCAAGUCCUCCAGCACCAAUCCUACCUCCAACUCCAGCUCCAGCACCAGCACCAAUACCACCUUAUGUGAAUCUUACUGAUUUACUUUCUGUGGCUGGUCCAUUCCAUACCUUCCUUAAUUACCUUGAAUCCACCAAAGUGAUUGACACCUUCCAAAACCAAGCUAACAACACAGAGGAAGGCAUUACCAUCUUUGUACCCAAAGACAGUGCCUUUUCAUCUCUUAAGAAGCCUUCUUUAUCAAACCUCACUCAAGACCAGCUCAAGCAAGUCAUUCUUUUCCAUGCCUUGCCACAUUAUUAUUCGCUCUCUGACUUCAAGAACCUUAGCCAAUUAAGCCCUGUUAGCACAUUUGCUGGUGCUGGUGAAUUUGCUUUGAACUUUACAGAUGUGUCUGGAACAGUGCACCUUGAUUCAGGGUGGUCUAAAACUAAAGUUAGCAGUAGUGUACAUUCAACUGAUCCUGUUGCAAUCUAUCAAGUUGAUAAGGUGCUUCUGCCAGAGGCAAUUUUUGGUACUGAUAUACCUCCAACUCCUGCCCCAACACCAGCUCCUGAGAUUAGCCCUGCUGCGGACUCUCCAUCAUCUGAAUUGACUAGAGAAGGACAUGCUCCGGGAAUUGCCCCUCCUAACUCAGCAUACAGAAUCAGCAACUUGGGUAUUUGGAUUCAAAUGGUUUUGGCAGUUUCAGGUGUUCUGGUCUUGUUCUUGUAAGAGAAAAUUUCAUUGAUAAGAAUCUUUGUAACUUAUGCUGAGAGAGCAUAUCUGGCCGCGUUUCUUUCAUCUGCUUUGAUUUCAAACCAUUUUUUGAUUAUAUAUGUCAAUGAAUUUUAUGUAAGUGAAUGAGUUACUGUUAUGAUCUCUAUUUGUACUCAAUCUAUAAGCCUUUUGCUUGGUCUA